GUGACAGCAAAUCUCAUCCAUCAUUACACACACGCACUUCUUUCCUUCAUUCCCUAAGGCAGCAUUAGUGAUGGAGUACUCUCCAAAGCUAGCUGCAGCACUGCUCUUAGCCCUCACGUCCGCCAUGAUCGUCACCGCCCAGAAUGACGACGCUGACUACAUGGUGAAUGCCCACAACGAAGUGCGCGCCGCCGUCGGUGUGGGGCCGGUGACGUGGGACCCCAUAGUGGCGGCGUACGCGCAGUCAUUCGCGGAGAAGCGCCGCGCCGACUGCCAGCCAAUACUCUCUCCGGAGGGCGGUCCAUACCGAGAGAACAUCUUUCGGGCCCCUGGUACCGAAUGGAAUGCGAUAGACGCAGUGAUUUAUUGGGCGUCCGGGAAGCAGUACUACGACCACGCCACCAACACUUGCUCCGCACCUACGGGUGAGUCGUGCGGUGAAUACCUGAAUUUGGUGUGGAGGGACACGAAGACCAUCGGUUGCGGCGCUGUCGUCUGUGACGGCAAUGCCGGUGUGUUUGUCAUCUGCGGCUACAGUCCGCCUCACAUGGUUGGGCAGAUUCCAUACUAGGCUACGUAUCAAGUAUGCAUGCGGCUAUGUAUGCAUGCAUGCACAUAGCACCGUGCUGCAUAAAUAAAUAAUUAAGGGAUACUUCUAGGGCUGGGAACUAAUUAUCGGUCGAUUGAUGUCACCGAUAUGUGUGUGUGUCCGGAAACCCUCCUCCCUUCACUCCUGUAUCGUUCCGGGCUUUGAUUGUUUUCGUAUUUGUCUUGUAACUUGUGAUUCGUCUUUGAUUUCUUGUAUUUGAGCUUCUUAUUCUGGUUGUA